AUGGACUUUUCAAGUUCACGAUUGGAUAAUGAGGGUGAAUUUGACGAUGAUCUAACCCAUCAAGAUGACCGUCAAAAUGAUAUGGGUCAAAAAUUUGAGAAGUCGAAGGAUUUAAUGACAUUUAUUUCAGAUGAAGAGUUGAAUGAUGAGGAAGAAAAUGUGGUACUACCUGUGGUGUUAAAGGAUGAUGAGAAAGUUGAAGAGCCAAAAGAAUCAAUGACAUUUAGUUCAUUAGACGAAGUCUGCUCUUAUUAUAGGAAGUAUGCUAAGCAAGCUGGGUUUGGUAUAGCGCAGAGAAGCUUGAGAAAAAAGAAGGGUAUAAAAGGUUACGUAAUGCUUAUAUGUACUCGUGGAGGUGCAGAGCGACCUAAAACAAGUGAUUGUGCGAAGCCAAUUCCAGUGUCAAAUAAAACAGGGUGUGGUGCUAGGAUUUGUGCAAAUUUAUGCGAUGAUGGAACGUGGUUUUUGAGUAAAGUUGAGUUGAUGCAUAAUCAUUCGUUAAGCCCGGGCAAGGCGAGAUUUUUUAGAAGCAAUAAGAAAAUUAAUGACGCUGCGAAAAGAAGACUUGAGCUAAAUGACAGAGCAGGAAUACGUUUGUGUAAAAAUUUCAAUUCAUUAGUUGUUGAAAGUGGGGGGUUUGAGAAUCUUUCCUUUGGAGAGAGAGAUUGUCGGAAUUAUAUUAACAAGGCAAGAGAACUCAAUCUUGGUAAAGGUGGUGCUCAAACGCUUUGUGAUUACUUCAGAAGAAUGCAAAAGCAGAAUAGUGGCUUCUACUACGUAAUAGAUGUGGACGAUGAUUGUAGGUUAAGAAAUGUUUUUUGGGCUGAUGCACGGAGUAGGGCAGCGUAUGAUUUCUUUGGAGAUGUUAUUACAUUUGACACAACGUAUUUGACCAAUAAAUAUGACAUGCCAUUUGCUCCUUUUGUAGGAGUGAAUCAUUAUGGUCAAUCUAUACUCUUUGGGGCAGGACUAAUUUCAAGAGAGGAUACAGACACAUUUGUGUGGUUAUUUAAAUGUUGGUUGGAGUGCAUGAAUGGCCAAGCCCCUAAAGCAAUUAUGACAGACCAGGAUAGAGCUAUGAAAAAUGCAAUCGCUAUUGGUGCCAUUAAUAAAUGUUUGUAUGACUCUCAAACAUGUGAAGAAUAUGAGGAAAAUUGGAAAGAUCUUCUGGAGAAGUAUAAUCUUCAUGAUAAUGCAUGGUUGAAUGGGUUAUAUAUGGAUAAGACAUUUUGGGUGCCGGCAUACAUGAAAGAUACGUUUUGGGCGGGAAUGAGUACUACACAGCGAAGUGAAAGUAUGAACGCAUUUUUUGAUGGUUACGUGCACUCACGAACCACAUUGAAAGAAUUUGUUGAUGAAUAUGAUAACGCUUUAAGGAGAAUGGUCGAGAGUGAGGCACGUGCUGAUUUCGAUUCUUUCAAUCGCACAAUCCCAUGUAUAAGUGCCUUGCAAUUAGAGAAACAGUUUCAAGUUGUUUACACAAAUGCGAAGUUCAAAGAAGUACAUGAGCAGUUUGUGAAAAUGAUGUCUUGUAAUAACGCUCUUCUCAAAAGUGAAGGUGCGAUUUCUACCUUCGAAGUUGUUGAAUAUGUUGCAGUUGGAGAUCACUUAAUAGAAAAGACAUUUCUUGUUUACUUCAAUGAAAAUGAACUCGAAGUGAAGUGCACAUGUGCAUUGUUUGAAGUAAAAGGCAUCCUAUGUAGGCAUUCACUUUCCGUGUUACGGACAAAGAAAGUGACAACUUUGCCACAAAGAUAUGUUCUUGACAGAUGGAGGAAAGAUAUUAAGCGAGAGUACUCGAAGGUUAAGAGUAGUUAUGAUGCCAUUAGUGAUAAUCCACAUGCCCAAAUACAUGACAAAGUGAGAAACAAUUUGGAAGAAUUACUGUCGCUCACGUCAGUAAAUACGGAGAAACGUUGCAUGGAACUAAUGGAAAAAAUUGAUAAAUUAAAAGAGUUGUGGCGUUGCGAAAAUCAAUCUUUUGGCAUUCCAGCUACUGUCGCAUCUUCUAGCUGCAAAAAGGUGCUUAGUCCUGUGAAGAUUGACUGUAAAGGGAGACCACGAACAAAGAGAAAGGUGUCUGUUAUAGAAACAGUGGCCUCCAAAUCAACGGAAAAUCAAGACAACACUAGUCAAUCUCCAUUGCCUUAUAUGCCUUCUGCAGCUCACGAUCAUAGUACUCAGGAUUCCGUCGCUUCGUCAUCGACAGUUGCUCAGACGUUCAGUGGUCACCAUCAUUCUAUUCUUUCUCAGGUGAAUUUGUCAAUGGACCCCAUAAAUUUGUUAUCUACAUUGAUAAGCCAACACAAAUACCAAGAGGCUUUCAGUACAGCCUUACAAAUGCGUGAUGUGUCAAUUGUGAAUUGGCUAUGCUCCCAGGUUGAUAUACGGUGGGUCUUGACUAUGGAUCCUCUGCCUUUGAGUCAAGAAGUAUUACUCCAGUUGUUCUGGCUUUUACCCUAUUGUUUCAAUACCAACCCAGCCGAAAUAAUUGCUUGGAUGACAGACGUUUUUAAUUCCAUAAUUCCAACUGAUUCGGCAAUUGAAAUGCAUGUGCGCAACAUCUUUAAUCAAGUCUAUGCCGCACUUAAUCAUAUAAGUGUCCUGCCUACAAUUACUGAUGCUAUGCGGUCAACUAUACGUCUUCUGAUGAAUGGUUUACUUCCACCUUGA